UCGUGGUCCAAUUAUCUGCAGCUGCAAAUUAAUUAAUACUCACGCCCAAGUAGUCCAUCGAGCAGUACACAUUUUUACUGGUUCCUAACACUGAAUCUUUGUUUUUAUAUAUUUUUUUUUAGCAAUUUUCAUUUUAUAUCGUUUCAAAAAAAUGGCUUUAAAUGAAAAAUUGGUAGAAAUAUCUCAAGAUGACAUCCCAAAAUUAAUGAAUGUGCUGAAAGAACUUCUUCCUGAUACAGUGGCUCCGUACCACUGGAUAUUGACGCACCAGAAGUGGCAAAAGAAAAUUCCGCAUCUAAAAGUGAAAAUCUUGUGUCUGAAUGGAGACUGGGACGAGCAAACGGUAGUCUGCCUGGCAGACGGACUUGCUGCAUCAAACAAGAUUUAUGGUGCUAUGUACGCACCAGAAGAAAAAAUAGAUCGGCUGAAGGCAGCUCUGAUGCACACCGAUUUGAUUGAGUGGGACAGAUUGAAGCAAUUUUCAGCCUGCUUGAAACGAAUCGUUCCAAUUAUGGCGGAAGUUUUUAAGUGCAAAGGAUUUAAACACGCUGAUGACUUUAUCUACUCUGGAUAUCAGUAUUACAUGUCGGUUCAAGACGCCGCAAAUAUUGACUUGGGAACACUUCCAGAGAAUGUGCACGUAGGCCCUCUUGACGUAUCAAAUUUGCAAAUUGUAUGUGACCUUUGGCAACACUUUGACCCUGAGUACCAGCCCGUGGCAAAGAAAAUGUUAGAGCUGAACCCAUCAGUUGGCGUGUUUGUCAAGAACGACAAAGGGGAAGAGGAUCUGGCCUCGAUGGUGCUGAUGACCGAGUAUGGCGGCGUUGGACUCCUGCAGACUGCGCCCGAGCAUAGACGCAAGGGGUACGCGGAAAUCGCUCUGGCCCAUCUGACGAGGCAAUUGGGCCAGAUGGGGUACAUGCCGUCGAGCAAUGUGACUCAGUACAACGAAGCGUCGCAUUCGCUGUUCAAGAAGAUGGGCUACAAGGUGGUCGAUGCUGCGUUCUGGGUUUUGGCUUUCAAACUGCCAGAGAAGGAAUGAUGGGUUCCCUCGGCUAACAAAUUGCACUUUUUAAAAUGUUUUAUGAAAUAAUAUCCUUUAAUAAAAUUAUUUUCAAUCA